AUGUUGGAACGUACAAACAAUACUCUAACGGCUAAUGAACUUCGAAAUGACCGAGAUAUGAUGAUGUCUAAGGAUACACCUUUUGUCGAUGAUCCUACGCCACAAGAUGGUUUGCCUGUAAUUGAUCGAACAUCACGUAGUAUAUCUCGACGAAAAGUAACUGUUAUUGUUUCUGUAGCAAUUUUCAUUGGUGUAGUAAUUCUUGUUGUUUUAAUACCUGCAUUAGGGCUUCAUAAAAGCGAUUAA